UACUUUCUUCUUCCCUCGAUUCAUCUUUCACUUCCUUUGCAAGAGAAACAGAAAUGGCAGGGGCUUUAGCUGGAGGUGCGUUUCUCUCAGCUUCCCUCCAAGUUCUAUUUGACAGGUUGGCUUCUCGCGAGGUUGUGAGCUUCAUCCAGGGGCAGAAGCUCAGCGAUGCGCUCCUGAAGAAGUUGGAAAGGAAGUUGCUGGUCGUCCAUGCAGUGCUCAACGAUGCUGAGGUCAAACAGUUUACAAAUCCAUAUGUGAAGAAGUGGCUGGUCUUGCUUAGAGAGGCCGUGUAUGAUGCGGAGGACAUAUUGGAUGAGAUCACCACAGAGGCUUUGCGACACAAGGUGGAAGCUGCGGAGUCCCAAACCAGCACAAGUCAGGUGGGUAACAUCAUGGACAUGUCAACCUGGGUUCUCGCUCCAUUUGAUGGUCAGGGCAUAGAGUCUAGGGUGGAGGAGAUCAUUGAUAGACUAGAAGAUAUGGCACGAGACAGAGACGUCCUUGGGUUGAAAGAAGGUGAUGGCGAGAAACUGUCACAAAGGUGGCCUUCCACUUCUUUGGUAGAUGAAUCUCUUGUCUAUGGCAGGGAUCAAAUUAAGGAGGAGAUGGUUCAACUGUUGCUGUCCGAUAAUGCAAGGAGUACUGAUGCGAUGGGUGUGAUCUCCAUAGUCGGCAUGGGUGGCACAGGCAAAACCACACUUGCCCAGCUGCUCUACAAUGACCAAAGGGUGACGGAACACUUCGAUCUCAAGGCAUGGGUUUGUGUUUCCGAAGAAUUUGAUCCUAUCAGAGUUACGAAAACAAUUCUCGAGGCAAUCAAUUCAUCCACUUCCAAUACCACUGAUCUAAAUCUACUUCAGGUUCAACUGAAGGAGAGAAUUAGUAUGAAGAAAUUUUUACUUGUCCUGGAUGAUGUUUGGAACGAAGACUCUUGUGACUGGGAUGCGCUACGAACUCCACUCAUUGUCGGGGCAAAGGGAAGCAAGAUUAUUGUAACUACGCGAAGCACCAAUGUUGCAUUUGCCAUGCAUGCAGUCCGUACUCAUUGUUUAGGUAGGUUAUCCUCUGAAGAUGGUUGGUCCCUGUUCAAAAAACUUGCAUUUGAAAGUGGAGACUCAAGUGGGCAUCCCCAACUAGAAGCAAUCGGAGAAAAGAUUGUCCACAAGUGCCAAGGUCUACCGCUGGCUAUAAAAGCAAUGGGGAGUCUCUUACACUCCAAGGUUGAAGCAAGAGAAUGGGAUGAUGUAUUAAACAGUGAAUUAUGGGAUUUGCCCACAAAUGCGGUUCUUCCUGCUCCGAGGUUGAGUUAUUAUUACCUGCCUUCACAUCUAAAACGCUGUUUUUCUUAUUGUUCAAUCUUUCCCAAAGACUACAAAUUCGAAAAGGAGAAGCUAGUUUUGUUAUGGAUGGCAGAAGGUUUGUUGGAACAAUCAAAAAGCAAGAAAAGAAUGGAACAAGUAGGUAAUUUGUACUUUCAAGAACUUCUAUCAAAGUCCUUUUUCCAAAAUUCAAUGAGAAAUAAGUCAUGUUUUGUAAUGCACGACCUCGUUAAUGACUUGGCACAAUUGGUAUCUCUAGAAUUUUCUGUUUCUUUGGAGGAUGUUGAAACACUUGCGCUACUUGGAUCUCUCAAUGACAACGAUUCAAAAGUUGCCUGA